UCAGUUCUGCUGUCAUAUAUUUCUCAUCUGAGUGAGUUGGACAUGAGUGGCUGUGAUCUGCAAACAUCAGAAGAGAAGCUGCUCUCUGGUCUUAGAAACCCAAACUACAAACUCCAGAAACUGAGACUAGCCGGUUGUAAACUGACAGAGGAAUCCUUUGAGGCUUUAGCCUCUGCUGUGCAGCACAUGGUCUCCCUGACAGAACUGGACCUGAGUGACAAUCACAUAAGCAUCACUGGAAUUCAGCUUCUGAGUGCACUGAAAAGCCACAUCAACUGUAAACUGCAGACAUUGAGACAUGCCUGUGGAGAACUGAAAAAAUAUGCCUGUGAGCUCACACUGGACCCAAACACAGCACACAGAGUUCUCUCUCUCUCUGAGGGGAACAGAAAGGUGACGCGUGUGAAUCAGCAGCAGCCGUAUCCUGACCACCCAGAGAGAUUUGACACCUACUACUCUCAGGUGCUGUGUAGAGAGGGUCUGACUGGACGCUGCUACUGGGAGGCUGAGUGGAGUGGUGAUGAGGUUUCUAUAGCAGUGGCCUAUAAGAGCACCCCGAGGACAGAGGGGUGUGGGGAGAGCAGCGCGUUUGGAGAUAAUGCCAAGUCCUGGGGUCUGGACUGCUCUGGUAACAGUUACUCUGCCCUGCACAAUAGUAAGCAGACUGCCAUACCUGCCCCCUCCUCCCGCUCCAGCAGAGUAGGAGUGUACCUGGACUGGCCAGCAGGCACUCUGUCCUUCUACAGCGUCUCCUCUAACACACUCACCCACCUGCACACGUUCCACUCCACAUUCACUGAGCCCCUCUAUCCUGGGUUUUGGGUUUGGUCUAUUAGCUCCUCAGUGUCCUUGUGCCAGAUCACAUGACCUCCUAAUCCUGCAGCAGAGGAGAGCCACACACACCUGUUUACACACUCCUGUGUGUGUGUGUGUGUGUGUGUGUGUGUGUGUGUGUGUGUGUGUGUGUGUGUGUGUGUGUGUGUGUGUGUGUGUGUGUGUGUGUGUGUGUGUGUGUGUGUGUGUGUGUCCUUUUCAUCCUCUGUGCUCCAUCUUCCCUCUGACUGUGUUUUCUACUCACCUCAGUUUCUCUUACUCGCUUUGUGUGUGUGAGGGGGGUUGUGUCUGUGUGGUGUUUGUUGCUCCUGGUUCCCUCCUGUGUGUGUGUGUGUGUGUGUGUGUGUGUGUGUGUGUGUGUGUGUGUGUGUGUGUGUGUGUGUGUGUGUGUGUGUGUGUGUGUGUGUGUGUGUGUGUGUGUGUGUGUGUGUGUGUGUGUGUGUGUGUGUGUGUGUGUGUGUGUGUGUGUGUGUGUGUGUGUCCUUUUCAUCCUCUGUGCUCCAUCUUCCCUCUGAC